GGGGAUCCAAUCCGGUUUCAGCUAGUUCUGGUACUGCUCGGAUGUGUGUGUGAAGUAACACGGAGUCCUCGGGAGGUGCUUUUAUGUGAGGUGCCCUCUUCACAGGCUCAGGCUUUACAUUGAGUUUAUUCACAGCUGCAGCUCAAGUCUCCAUUGUCCUCCUUUUCUCGAACCCAAAACCUGUGCCACAAUGCCGAGGAAGAAAUCUACCGGUGAAGCUGAUGCAGCAAUCGAGCCAAGAAGAAAGUCAGCCAGAUUGUCAGAGAAACAAAUAGAACCAGCACCUGAACCAGAAAAGAAAAAGGCACCUGCUAAACCUAAGAAGGUGAAGGAAACAAAGGCCAAGCAGGAAGAGAAGGUAGAAGAGCCUGAGGUAGAAGAGGAGAAGGAGGAAGAAGCACCUGCCCCAGCAGAGAACGGAGACGCCAAAGCUGAUGAGGAGGCUGCACCAGAGGCUGACGCUGAAGCUGAUGAAAAAGAGGACGAGGCUGAGGAAGAGAAAGAGGCCGAAUGAGUUCUCAGUUUCACUCACCACCUUCUACCUUAUUUGUAGGCAACACAGAGAAUCUCUAUUUUCUUAAAACAGCAGUGUUUUUAGGGAUAUUUUAACUACAAAUUCAAGUUUUGUGGUUUCAGUGAAGGGAUGUUUGUGUUGGGAAUACUUCUAGCUUUGUGGCCUUAGAUUUUAGUUAUUUUUAUUUUACUGUUUUUUAAAAUCUGAAAUCUGUCACUGAACUUGGAAACCUGGUUGAGGGCAUUCCAGAGGUGGUGUUUUUGUAACCUGUAAUGUUUUUGAUUUUUAAUACAUUCAUCACUAUUCCAGUGUGUUUUUUUUAGAAUCAUUGAAAGGUGUAUUGUUGUAUGCUAUACAGUCUUUUCUUUCAACACAAUUUGAUGAAAUGUAUUUAGAACAACUGGAGGUAGGGUUUCAUAUCAUUGUAUUUUCUUCUUAUAUACUUUUGUGAGCAUUACAUGAAUAUGCACAGGUGCUGUGAAACCAAUCUUUUCUUUGCAUUUAUUAUGGUACAUUUAAAAAUGAACUGCAUGUUCUCAACUGUGCCUAAAAUGUGUUAAAUGUGUCAUUGCUUAUCCUUUGAGGAUAAUCGUAUUCAGGGAAGUCCUCUAAAUAUGGGGUUUCUCUAACAAUGUACAAUUUCAAAUAAAAAUGUUGGAAUAAAAAAUAAAAACUUCUUAAGUUUUGUAAAAAGGAAA